UCAUAUUUCACCAGCACUCUAGUUGUUUGUAAUACUAAACUCUCAAUCCCACAGUCAGUGUAUGUGGGUGCUCUCUCUGGACAACUGUCACCAAGAGUUUAGGGGAACGCCUGCUCUGGAACUCUGUAAGACUGACUUAGAUUGCAUGCCCGUGUGCGUUGGCAAGUCCCAGGUGAGUGACAAACACCCUCGCGUACUCAGUCGUCAGGAAGAGUAUCCGGUGGUGGCUGCACUCAGCGUCAGGGAGAUAACAUGGUACAUGGCGACAGAAGCACCUGAUCUUAUUACCGGGUAAUGAAAAGGAAAAGGACAUCCGAGCUCAUCCAUCAUCAUUUAUGAAACUCACGCUGGUGAUGUCUUUCCAGGUGUGUUUUGACCAGUGUCACAUGGGUGUUGUUAAGAUAAUCACUGGUCUUCAUAACAGGAGCGGAAUGUUUAACCUUCUUGAGCCUGAAUUUCUUCAAGUGGAACUUUAAGUUUAAAGGUGUUUACAAAAAAACUGGUCUUUUUGUCAAAGUGGUGUGGCUUUUAAACUGCACUGUGUCUCCUGGUGGACGUCAAACCUCAGUCGGGGGAAGACCUGCGAUUUUCCAGCCUGCUGCUUGAGUUAAUUACUGCUUGUGGGUUGCAGUGUUCGCGUUGGGAUUUCCAGGAUUCACAGUGGAGGUUUUUUGCUAUCGGGUAGACAAAAAGACAGAAAAUUGUCAUCCAAAGACACCUGUGGAUAUGGACCAGUGAAUUCCAGUGACUUUCUUUUAUUCCGCUGGACCUCAUGGAUUUGAAAUGCAAUCGCUUUACAAUCUACAGGCGUGUACCAUGUGAUGUAGUUCCACUUUUGAUUCCCGACUUGUGAGGAAAGGUGCGUCGUGGGUUAACUCUUGUAAUUUUAAGUGACCUCGAUCUUAUCCACUAUUUUUAAAGAGGGUAUGAUGAGGGACAAGCGUUCUGGGUCUUUUACGAGGGACAGGGACAAGGCAGAAAAGCCUGCCCCGAUCUCCCGUGCUCUCAGCUGGCUGAGCGUGUCCUCGCUGUCACAGCAGACUCGUAAACUGUUCCGCAGCCAGAACAGCCUCCAUAGACACUCCCACACUCCACAUGGAGUGGAUGAAGAUGAAGAUGACUGGGUGUAUGAACCUCAGCACUAUAUAGCUGUAUCUAAUCUGGAUGAAGAGAAAAAGUGGACUGUGCACUACACGGCUCCAUGGCACCAGCAGGAGAAUGUCUUUCUGCCGGGCUCCAGACCGGCCUGUGUGGAAGACCUGCACCGCCAGGCCAAAGUGAACCUGAAAACAGCUCUCAGAGAAUGUGAUAAACUGAGGAAAGAUGGCUUCCGCAGCUCACAGUACUACUCACAGGGGCCCACCUUCUCAGGCUCCACAAACUCCCAACAUGAGGACGAGGAUAUCGAAGAUGAUGAUGCUGAUAGAAAGUCCAUAGCAUCUUCAGGAGAGGAAGAGAAAGACACCUGCCAAAUGAGAGCACAGAGUCCAGCGCAGGUGGAGGGAGUUGAGGUUGAUGGACAAAUGUCACGGUCCAAAGCUCCGCCCCUGCCCACUCCAGAGGAGAAGAUGAGGCAGCAGGCUCAGGCCGUUCUCACAGAUAUUGUCCCCAUCAAUGUCACAGGGGAGACGUUUGACAGGCAGGCCAGCAUCCGCCGCUCCCUAAUAAACACUGACACUCUGGUCCGCCGGCCCAAGAAGGUUAAGCGAAGAAAGACUAUUUCAGGGGUGCCUGACAGCGUCCAACUGGAACUAGCUGUUAAAGGGCGUGGAGGAGAGCUUCGGCCACAGUCCAUGUUUAUACCUGGACAGUAUUCAACACUUGGGCGAGUCAUAAAUGGGAAUUCAACUCUUCGUCGAUCUAUAACAAAAGAUUCUGGCUGCCAGACUGAGGAUGUGAAAAUCGUCCCACCCUCUGUGAGGAGAAUACGGGCUCAGAAGGGACAAGGAAUUGCCGCUCAGAUGGCCGGCAUCUCCACCUCUGCCAUGAACAUCUCUUCUGUUUCUGAUGGGACCUCCCCUGGAAAUUCAAUUGUUGUAAUGGCACCACAGUUUGGGAAUGACAUCCAGCGUUUUCACAGCUUGCCGCGAGGCGCACGGGUCUCUCUUAACGCAGAGCCCCUUUACAGUAGCACCCCUUUCAGACAAGAAGACUCCACUGCAAAACCAACUCAGCAGAUUGGAAAAUUACAAGUAGAUGAUACUGUGGUGCACAUGAGGAAUGCCCCAAGGGUAUGCACCCAAGCACGCCCAAAAUCUCAGGAGGUUAGAGGUACUCAAAGAGAGUGGGGAUCUGUUUCGGGACCAGCCUGUGUAGUUUCUCCACAUGCAGCCUACUCAACCUCCCUCAUACCUAAUGCUACUCUAUCAUGUUCUGCUGAGGUUAUCGCACUUCACACCACAUCAAGCCCUGGCCAGAGUCCACUUGCUGGGUCACCGUAUGCAAAAGCUAGACCUCUUAGCAUGGUCUCAACUGAGAGCACCAGCAGUGUAGGCACAAGAUCACACACACCAGAAGCUGGAGCGAAGGAUACCUGCAGUGAGACCGGCCAGUCCGAUAGCAGUUUGCACAGCCACAGCACUCUUGCCGCAGGAACACUGUCUUCGGAAGAGCAAUGGAUUUACGACACUCCUGAGAAUGUCUUGCCCAGAAGGACACUAUCUUCCAGCUGCUCAACACCCAUAAAUCAUCUCUACAGUAGCCUUGAACGCUCCUCAAAAGGCACAGACUCUAGUUCGCUCUACUCUAUGGACAACGACGGCUACUACACUUCCAUGCAUCUGGAUUCAGGCCUUCGGUCAAGGAGCCAGGGUAGCGGCCACGGUCAUGGCAUUGGAGGAAGAGCGGCAAGACACAGUAUGUACGAGUGCCUGGGUCAACAAGAAGACCGAAAUAGCUUGUACAGUGACAGGUCACUGUCCCGUUCCAUUUCUCUACGCAAGCCUAAGAAACCACCUCUUCCACCAGCACGCACAGACUCUCUGCGACGAAAGCCUAAGAAAAACAGCUCUCCCAGUGCCAAUAUUAACCAGUCUGCUAUCAGCAAUGGUUCUCUACUCAAUGAGUCGUUGAUUGCCACGCUGCAACAGUCACUUCAGAAUGGGCUGAAAGGCAAAGGCUCUUCCACCUCACCGUCUCACAGUCCUUGUAGUGACUACGAGGACCCCUGGAUGAUUCGUUCCAGGAGUCAGAGCAGCAUCAGUGCAGGCAGUAGUGGUGUAUCAGCUACAGGGAUGGCUCACGUGUACUCCAUUUGUCCCGUCACACCUUCUCAUAGUGACACUAGUAGCCUCCGUUCUGAUUAUGCAGACUCUUGGGGCUACUACAUGGAGUACCCUCGUCCAUCUGGAGAUCAGACACAGUCAGCAUGCACCAAUGCUGGACAAGUAGUUGAGAUGGCAAAUGGGAAAAGCCUCCACAGUGGUAACCAGGCUAAUCUUCCUCCUGCUCAGGAAGGAAGUGAUGUGUCUGUGAAGCCCAGAAUAGGCACCUCGUCACCGGAUAGGGUACAUCGGUUGACUUCUCCAUCAAGUGGAUACUCAAGUCAGUCCAACACUCCAACAGCUGGCACUCCCGUUCCUUCCUUCAUGAGAUGCAUGUCCCCAUCAGGCAAACCCAAACCUAGAGUGCCUGAAAGAAAAUCAUCCCUGCUUUCAUCUGUAUCCAUAUCCUCCUCUUCCACUUCUCUUUCCUCCAACACCUCUGAUUCCAACAGAAACAAUAUUCCUCAUCCACCUCCUCUUCCAGCUGGCCCUGUACCUUUUAAUUCUCAAUGCUUUCCUCCUCCCCUUCCACCCUCCGGCCCUGUUUGCACUAUAGACCAGAAAUUUCCUCCUCCACCACCUCCUUUACCCACAACCCCUAAUCAACAAGCAUCUAUGAGCCCUUCUUACAUCAAUUCCUCCCCUGAAUUUCCACCACCUCCACCUCCAGAAAUCUUGACUGACCUCAACAGAUCUUUCAGCCCUCCACCACCACCACCACUGCCUGCUUACUCUCCACCCCAAAAUCAACACCUACCCAGCUUGACACCACCUACACCUUCUUCUGCCUGCUUGAAGGAAAUUAAAGGCAGCCUAAAACCAGUGAACCUAGAAAGAAAACCAGUGUCGCCUCACUCUGAGGAGCCUAGUAAGAUGCCUCUCAUCACUCCUUUUGCCCUGCAGAGUGUGCAGCUUCGGCCAGCUAAAAGGCCAGAAAACAAUGGGGUCAGUCAGUUAGCCAAACCCCAAUCACCAGAGAAGCCUCAAAAACCAGAUCAUCCCACAGUUCCUCAGGGCAUCCCUUGCACACCUCCAAAUUUAAGGCCAUCUCCGGAGAAAAAACUCUCCAUCCAGCAUAGCCAGGAUAGCCAUGUUGAAACAAAACCUGACUGUGUAAUAUCACAUUCUGAACAGACAUCUUGCCUUACAAAUGGUUCCAUAGAUCUUGGUGAGGUUAAGGAUACAUCUGAAGUAGAUGGUCUUGAGACAACCCCAAACACUACACCCAAGAAGAAGCCUCCUCUGAUUUCCAAAAAACCCAAGUUUUCUCUCAUCUUUACCUCAGUGGAUCAUGUCAGUGAUUUACUGAAUGCUCAAAAUGACGAUAGCAUCUCUAUAACUACAUCUGAAGAUCUAGACUCCACACCUGUGCCAGAACAGGAAGAAAAAACUGAGAAGGAAAGCAUUGACAUUUCCACACCUCCUGAGGAGAUAAAAGACAUUUCUCCCACAGAUGGUGAAGCUCAGGAGUUUUCCCAGACUCCUGAUGCAGACAAGAGCGCCUCUGAAGCAGAGGAUGAAGAAAGAGAUGAUGAAGACGUAACCAGCAGCACAGGAUCUUUCGGCUCUAAAGAUGAUGAAAGCGGUGAAUUGUUUGACUCCAGCACGUUGGACGUCGCUCAGUCUCCCAGCAUUAACAGCGACAGUUGUAGGGACAUGGUGACCCCCACUCGGCCCCGCACAACAGAGGACCUCUUUGCUGCCAUUCACAGCCUGGACCAGUUGAACAUGAACACCCCCCAACAUAUGAGGUCAAAGCGGAAGGUCCUUGGGCGUAAGGAAUCCGAAGAGGACCGUUCACGAGCUCCUUCAUCCCCACCGGUCACCCCUACAGGAACGCCCCCCGCCUUGACUUCCCCCCUGCCACGGCAAACAGGCUCCAUCCAGCGCAGCCUGCGCAAAUCGGCGACCAGCAGCGACACCUUCAAGGCCCUCCUGCUAAAAAAAGGCAGUCGCUCCGAAACCAGCUUCCGCAUGUCUGCCGCGGAGAUGCUGCGCAGCACCGACCCACGCUUUCAUAGGACUCGCUCUCUCGACUCCUCAUUUGAUCCAGCAUCUCCAACAACCGAGAGCCCUUGUUCUUCACCGGGCCGCAACAAGAGGACGCCCGAGGAUUGGGCGCGCAACGAGGGAAUAUUUUCAACGUCGCCGUCGCUAAUCGGGCCGGAGUACGGCCGAUCUCGCACGCCACCCUCCGCCGCAAGCAGCAAGUAUAACGCACGCAGCCGGAUCCUCAGCAGCCCCAUGACUGUCAUUUGCGAGAGGGAUGGAGAACUCACCGACUGUGAAGACCCAUGUCCUGUUUCUCCAUUAAACAACUCUCAGGACUCUAACAGCACUUUAUGUGAGCAGAGCAGCAGUUAGGAGACCAAACGGCUCCUUGGCAAAGGCAGAAUGUCUUCUCGGCUCUCUUCGGAGGGAGGAAGACCAGGAGAGGCUGAACUCUAGAAGGUCUUGCCGCCCGCUAAUCCACACAGCACAGUCUGGCGUUGUAGUGUGGGCUAAGACUUACGGAUCUAGCAGUCAGUUCAAGCAGUAGACGAGACUGCUGUACUGUAGCUCUUCAGAAAAUAAGUAACCAAUCUAAUCCAAUUUGACCUUCUUUUUGGAGAGAGCUCCUCUUUCAGUGGCAAUACUAGACUUGUCUUUCCAAAGCUUACCAAUUACUUCUUUUGUUCAGAUUUUUAAUUCCAUUCUUCAGAAGUAACAGUCAGAUUUGUGUGAGUUUUUUUGGUGAAGGAGUUAACGAAAGUUGUAAUGAAGGAAUUACUAUGUGACUGCUUGUUUUGGUUGUAGUAGUUCAAGUUGAUGGAUGUUUUGUCACAUCUCAAACUUCACCGAGGCAGCUCUGUCGGCGCCUUACCGCUUGAGUACGCCGGUCUUCGAAGACCAGGAUAAAGAGCACAGAUUCCUACAAGAGACUAUCUUUCCAUACUGUUCGGACUGUCGGAAGUUUCUGGAAUUGGAAAGGAGUUGUGGGCCGAGGGAUUGGAGCAACGACGGCUUGUUUGUGGAAAUAAAUGUUUGGUUUUUGGUGUGUAGGUUUGCACUGUUCGUCUUUUAUUUGUCAUUUAAAAAGCAUUGUGUCUGUGUUGGUUAUUUUAAAGAGUUAAUUCUGACAUCUUACUUGAAACAAACGACCGGUUUACUUGUAAAUGUUUUGGUUACCAAAGAGCCAAACAGGACACUCGGGACACUAACUUGCUGUUUUUCAGCCUGAGUUCUGUUCUGUUAACAUCUAGUCAAAGUAACCGCUUAAUUACUAAUCUUCCUGUUUUCUUUUCUUGUGCAGUUUUAUAAUGUUUUUUUUUAUGUAUAUACCUACAGAAAUGUUAAGUAACACCUGAACUUAUUUUCAAAGAAUUUGUACAUUUUAGAAACCUUUGCUAGGAGUGGCUUCCUUUUGUAGAGUAUUUAUUUUAGAAUAGCCAGAAUGUGGUUUGAUAUACUGUAGUUGGAGGUGGGCUUUUUUUGGGAGGAAGGUGAAUGAGGUGAGAGUCUUUAAAUUCAGAUUCAAUUCUGUUUGUUUCUUCACCCUUGGAAAAGCGAAUCAGAAAAGCAGACGGAAAAACGCCGGUAAAGAGGAAGCAAGCUGCUAACCCUCUAGAGUAUGUCUCUGUAAUAAAACAUGGUGAUAUUUAAAAAUUG